UGGUGAUCUCGCUGCGUUUUCGACUACCAGCGCUGCCAAGGAUUUAGCGACCUUCAUCUCGAAGUAUGGUAACGAUUUCAGUACGACGAUUUAUGGCGCGCGUUAUGGCACGUUGUGGGUGGAGCGGGUUAUGCAUUUGGGUCCUCCGGACGUGACGGGCUACGUCUUGGACAGUGUGCUCACGACCUCUGGAGCCUCCGCUGAUACAUUCAUGAACAUUUCCUCUUGAACGCCGCGUACAGUGAAGUAGGCGAUGCGUUUCUGAAUCUUUGUGAUGAAGACGAGAGUUGCAAUUUGCGAUUCAAAAAGAAAGGUCUCAAGGCAAUAAUAGUACAGCAUUUGAUGACUAAGCUCGACAAGAAUCCCACCUCAACCUGUGCCAAGGUGCUAGAGACAGCGGGAACAGACCAGGAGGACUACGGCCCACCGUCGUUUGCCCUUCGAAAUUUACUGGGCUCGCUGCUUGCAGACUCAGACUACAGAACGAUGAUCCCAUCAAUCGUGUACCGAUUGGCUCGCUGCGCAAAGAAGGAUGUCGAUGUACUCUCGCACAUGCUCGAAUACGUCAAAAAUGGCAUCGUCUUGGGUCUCAAGCUCUUUGGAGCAACGACUUAUUUACUCGAUAACCUCAUCAUCUUUUCCGAGAUGUGGGAAACUCCCACGCCCAGCGUUGCUCAGAUGACGGCGCGAUUUGAAGCGACGACGAUGAGUGGCUUAUUAUCGAGCACACAGGUGCAGGCAUACUGUGCAUACUCCAAAGAGAAAUCGUCUGUGUGCAACAAAUUUAAGGCGGGAGAUUACGACGCUAACGGCAUCAUCUACGAGCAUGACGAGUAUUGGAAUAAGGCCUCCAAAAUCCAGGACCAAGCCAGUGUUUUGCUCAUGAGCAGUGAACUGGAUCCUAUGGCACCUAGCAAGUACGCGACGUAUUUUCUGGACGCACUUGAUGGUGACAAAAAGGAGCUCAUCACUUUCAAGUACACCACGCAAGGCAAUCUCGUCGACAGUGAUACCAUGGAAAGCACAUGCGGGAUUAGUAUUUUUGGCCUCCUUUAUACAGGCCGAAGGCGAUUUAGACAAGCUGAACAAAACGUGUGUUGAAGAUCAAAUAUCCUCAGCGCUGAACUGGACAAUUCCGAUCGACCAACAGUACACUUACUUGAGCACUGAUGAUGCAUACGACGGUGUGUUCGACUCGAGUUUGAGUGUUGAUAAGGUGCCUGUAACUGAGGAAGAUGCUUCUUCAAUGGAAGAAGCGAAGGAUGCAUCGGGUGUGCGAGACUGAAGAAGUUUGCGGAAUUGACUGGUGAUGCGCGU